CAGAAACCCAGCGGGUUGGAGGAAAUUGCCAUCCCUAACUUAAAAAGAUAAUUUAGUAAUUUUUGAGACAGACAAUAUAUAGCUAUCACAUGUCCCCUUAAAAAUUACACUCCUCGUAAGCUACACUUAAAUUGAGACGGAGGAAAUAAUAUUUUUUUACACUUAACCAAAAAAAAAAAAAAAAAUUCAAGUUCAGGUUUUCCGUUAGGAUUGGGUCGAGUUUGAUCGGACCCACCCAGUUUCUUAAACCCGUCUUUUAUUCUUGCUCUCACCCUCAAACAAAAACCCACGCCACCAUCUAGGGUUUCUACCGUCUCUGUCUACUCUUCUCUCUCUAGAAAACCGUAAAAUCUUACUAGUCGGCCGUAGUUCGUUCUCGGAAGAAUUUAGGGUUUUGUUUGUUCAAGCGACGAAUUGCAAGAAAAUGUCAGAUUUCUUACCUCUUGAUAUGGUGAUGGACAUCCUCACUAGACUACCGGUCAAAACCCUCAUCCGAUGUUCUUGUGUCUGCAAAUCAUGGUAUUAUUUGGUCACAAACCCUAGUUUUAUCACCAAACACCUCAACACAAACAACAAAAACAACCUUCUACUAAUUCGAAGGUGCUCUAUUAAAGCCCUUGUCAAAGAGCACUACUCGGUACUACGUUGUGAAAACAAAAUCUUAUGUGAUUAUGCAGAGUUUGAGAUCCCAGUUUAUGGCUUUCUAAACAAAUAUUUUAGGAUAGUCGGUAGCUGCAAUGGGUUGGUAUGCCGUUACAAUGAUUUGCCCUAUUACAGUAACGAUAUUUACCUAUGGAACCCGUCCAUUCAAAAGGCAAUGACCCUUCCGCGCCCUCGUAUCACAUCUCGAUCAGCCGUUGCUUUUAUGCAGAACAUAGGAUUUGGCUUCGAUUCCCGCACUGAUGAUGACAAGGUUGUCAGGAUUGUGUAUGCGCUGGACCGCUAUGGUCAUCAAACUCCUCCUCCGGAGGUUGUCAUUUUCAGUCUGAGCACAGGCAGAUGGCGGAACAUCAGCCAUUUAGGUCUUAAACAUAUCAUCCUGUGGAUGGCUCCCCAGGCUUUUCUGAAUGGGGCUGCACAUUGGCUUGCUAACAAUGGGACAGAAAAGAGCUACGUGAUCGUGUCAUUCCACAUGGGUGAUGAGGUGUUUGGCGAAAUUAAGGUGCCCGAUGGUGUAGAUAAUGCCAACCGGCUGCUAGGAGACCGUGUUGAUAAGUAUCAAGAAUCGCUUUCUCUGAUCCAUAUCGUGGAUACUGGUGACAAAUUUAUUUGUUGCAUAUGGGUGAUGAAGGAGUAUGGCAUGCCAGAGUCUUGGACUCGACUAUUUAAUAUUAAUUUAAGUGGAGUAUUAGGCAAUCGCGUAGUUGGCUUUACAAGGAAUGGCGAAGUUCUAUUUGGAAGAAAAUCUGGGCAUCUCUUAGCUUAUGAUCCCGAAGCCAAAAAAGUAACGCAUAUUCAUUUUCGUGGAUCAACAGGCUCAUGGGUUAUGGAUUCAUUUUAUGCUGAUGUUUAUACCGAGAGCCUAGUUUUAGUCACUUGUAAGGAGUCAAAACCAAACAAGAAAGGGAAAGAACAGGGGUGGAAAAUCAAAUUGAGGAAGCCAUUGAAGGGAAUUGGGUAGUUGCUGGAAAUUGUGACUGGCCAAAAUGGACCGGGGUGGAAAAUCAAAUUGAGGAAGCCAUUGAAGGUGAAGAACUGUUGAAAGACUGAAGUGGCAUAGUGAACUCUUUCCCUGUUUUUUCUGUUACUUUUACUUUUAAUGGCGGAGAACUGUUGAAAGGGUGGAAUUGGUAUUUAACUCACCCAUGAUGCUUUUGAACUUUUAGAGCAUUUGGGCUUGAUAUGGCUUUAGAUGUUCUGCAGAAAGUAUUUGUUAUCCAUUAUUCCUCAUCUUUUGGUGCCACUUUAUCUUCUAAAUUUUGUUUUGGGUAUGAACCACAUUAUAUUAUAUGAAUUAAGUUGUCAAAAAUAGCUUCUGUCGUUGGAUGUUGUGCCAAGCAUUCAGAAGUCACUAGCGGUGAUAUUUUGUAGGAAAUCAUAGAGUUUUUCUUUUUGCUCAGAUUAUGCUAGCCAAGGUUAAGUUUGGCUUGUUUCGCUUGAUAGCCAAUCUCAAGUUCAAACGUGAGCUCAAUAAAUGAGCGAUGUUCACUAGUCUUGACGAGUACUAAAUCUUUUUUUGUUUCCCCUUUAAGUAUUCUCCAAUAAGUUGGUCCAAUUCUUAUAGUUUCUUUAGUGCAACAUGAUAUUGAAAACUUCUAAAAUAAUGAAUUCAAUGCAGUUAAUAUUGUAAUAAAUUAACUAAUAAUAUAUGUAAAUGAAUAUAAUCUCUGUUUUCCCGAUCAGUUUCUUGACACUUCACAACCCUUCAGUCUAUUAUAUUUAUGUGUGUGUUUUAUAUAUACAUGAACAAGAAUCGUGAUAUAUAUACAAAAUAUCAAUUUUUGCUCCUUAUAUGUUGAUACACAUGUUCCUAAGCCUAGUAUUUUGCUCUUUUCGGUUGGUUCAUAUGUUAUUGUUCUUCCUACUGGGACCUUGUGUCUCAACCUACCAUUUUGCAGGUGCCAUGAUCAAUUGGAGAAUUGGAAUUGCCUAGUUUCACUUAUUUGGAGACAUUUCUGCUCUUGUACAUUAACUGUUUGAUUAAAUGUUUGUAUGAUGUAAUUUUUGAGUAAUUUGAUAUAAUAUGAGGAUUUUGCAUUUGCGUGUAUUUUGAUCAUUUAUGGACUUUCUGAGGCUGUUGUAUAUGUUCUUUGUGGUUUUGUAUCAUGAAUUUGAUGUUUGGGAAUAGCAGGGAAUUGGGUAGUCGCUGGAAAUUGUGACCGGCCAAAAUGGACCGGUCGAAUAUUUCUGAACGUGGUAGAAAAUUAUUUAGAGGUUAUUAUAAAAGGAAAAAAUAAAAAAAAGGAAGCAUGAAAAAAGAAAAAGAAAAACAAACAACACCAGUACUUGCAUUGCAUCUUUCAAUGAAUAUAUUAGCUGAUUAGUUAUUGAUUUCAUCAAAAUGCAUCACAUUUUGAGCCCAAUGGUUGAAACUUAAGCAUGGUAAUAAGGGGCAUGAAAAUGUAGUCUCAUCCCACGAGUCAAAGAAAAAACGUACAUAACAAUGACAUGAACAUGA